CAGCCAGAUCGGCUCUAGACUGGACUCGAACCCUGUUUGUUAUUGUUUAUCGACCUUCUCUGAUUCUUGUUCUUAUUCCUGCCGGCCGAACUUCUUCUUCUUACUCCGUACUCCCCACCCACAGUCAAUCUUCCUGCUCCGCGUCAGUGGCGGACACGCACCAGAUACAACUACAUAGUAACCGGUCGCAAUGGACGUGCUCGCCGGUCUGGUGGAUGCAGCGCUUGCCUCCACGCACAUGGACGCUAUCGAUGCCCUUCGAAUCUUCUUCAUCCUCGCAUCUUGUACGAUUCUGUCGGUCAGCGUGUUGCCGGACUCGUUGCACUCGCGCUUCGUUGUUUAUGGCGCUCGUGCAACAUCAACCGACUCGAAGCCCCCCUCUGCCCCAGCGUCCACAACCUCUGCCUCCUCCUCCUCUUCACCCUCGUCAUCCCCAGCUACACGCAUCCUCGACUACCUUGCCUCCCUGAGAGUCCCUCACAGCUACUUCACGCAAUUCUAUGUCGCUUCCGUGGCAGCCUCGGUCUUUUGGGGCGUGCAGCUCCUUUGCCGUGGCGCUGCGUUCCAGGCCUUCGCAACGAGGGUCAGCCCAGAUCACCUGCAGAGGUCCAUGACGAUAAACCAAAUCUUGCUGUGUUGGGUGUGCAUGCUUCUCCAGGGGGUAAGGCGGUUAUAUGAGUGCUUCGUGUUCUCGAGGCCAUCCGCGUCUCGAAUGUGGUUCAUUCACUGGCUUGUAGGCCUUGCUUUCUACCUGGGCAUGUCCGUUGCGGUCUGGGCUGAAGGAGCAGGCACGCUUCUGGCCCGCCCAAUUGUCCUCGAUGAUGUGAAGGUCACCAUAGCCCCUUCACUCCGCACCUUCAUCUUCCUUCCGAUUUUCCUGCUCGCAUCAGGUCUCCAGCACGAUGCUCACCACUAUCUCUUCUCCCUAGAGAAGUAUACCCUGCCGACUCACCCUCUAUUCCACAGGCUUGUAUGCCCGCACUAUAUGGCCGAGUGUGUCAUCUACUUGUCCCUGGCAUUCUUAGCCGCUCCGGAGGGGGAAACCAUCAAUAAGACGAUUCUGGCGGCUCUGGCCUUUGUGGCCAUCAACCUUGGCCUGACGACGGCCAACACCCGACGAUGGUAUAUCCAGAAAUUCGGCGGAAGUUCAAUGCAAGGGAAGUGGAAUAUGAUUCCGGGCGUAUACUGAUUCUAGGUUAAACGUCUGAGGUUCUCUGCAAACCCGGACUAUCGUCUACUCAAGAAUUUCAUUGUGCUUCCCAGCUUCGCGACCUUGAGCACGUCACGAUAAGUUAGACUGAUC